AUGCUCUUACCGCAUGCUAGUAUCAAUAGUAAUGGAAAAGUGACAGUACUUUUCAUUCAUGGUGCCUUUUCCUCAAAGGAAGAAUGGGAUAUGGUUGUUCCAUAUAUGCCUUCCACAUAUCACCUUCUGGUUCCUGACCUUCCCGCACACGGCGAUGCGCGUCAAAUCAAACCGUUUUCCGUUGCCCGUUCUGUUGACAUGCUGGCAGAGUUGAUUCGCACAAUGGCAAAAGAUCAGCGGGCUUGCUUAGUAGGAUUGAGUUUAGGGGCGCAUGUUGCUAUUGAUUUGGCAUCGCAGUAUCCAGAGCUUGUGAAUGAUGUGUUUGUCUCCGGAUUUGAAGUGUUUCCGCCAUCUGUACUCUCACCGUAUUUACCGCAGAUUGUAUGGGUUAUGAUUCGCUCAGAGAACCUAGUACCUCGAAUUUUGGUGCGCUGGCUGAUGGAUGGUGCGGAUGUGCAAAGAAUCGAUUGCUCAAUUUGCACAUUAUCCCUUUGUCGCCAGAUUGUGAAUCCAAUAAAUAGUACUCAGUGGCCCUCAAGUUGGCUGGCACGCACAUUGGUCGUUGCUGCUGGAAAGGGAGGGAUUGUGCCAUCAAAAGAUCACCCUGCAGAUGCCAAGAAACUUGUCGAGAUUGCUUUGAAUAAAGAAAGCAUCGCUGUCACAGAAGCAGAAAUACGACAUCCAUGGAAUAGGCAAUUACCCAGGCUUUUUGCAAAAACAGCCUGUGCUUGGUUUGAAAGAAAAGAAUUACCCACUGGCUUUCAAAAAUUGGUCUGA